GACAACAGUCCUUGAGAGGACAACACAUUCGUCGUUCUGUUUUAUACUACAAGAACAAAAUGAAAACAGCUAUCAAAUUUUUCAUUCUCCUUGGAGCCAUCUCGGGAUUUUCUGAAGGAGCUGGUGUGUUGCCAAAUGAUUUUCUGACUGAAUCAACUGAAGAGCCAGUAUCCAAUGUAACAGUAACACCGCAGAGCUUGGAUUUGAUUGAGUUCAGCGGUCCUGUCAAUCUGUCCUGCUCUUCCUCUGGAUCUUCUCUCAUCUUCGUCUGGAUGAACAUCACCUCUGUGGUUACACCUAGUGACAUAUUUCAUAUUAAUGAUGAAGGAUCCGUUCUGACUCUAGUCAAUGUGUCCCGCAAUGAACAUGGAUCAUACAGAUGUAAUGCGUCUAAUCCUUUGGGUUUUGACAUCAGUGAGCCAGCAAAUGUCUACAUUAGCUAUGGCCCAGAGGACACACAGCUGAAGGUCUCUCCAUCAAUUAAACAAUAUGGAGAAGGAUUAAAUGUCUACCUGCUCUGUUCAGCUGAGUCCAGACCUUCUGCUGUGUUUCGGUGGUUUCUGAACGGAGAAGGGCUGCCUGAUACUGAACCAGCGCUCACAUUGACAAACAUUCAGAUGAGUCAGAGCGGAAACUACAGCUGUCAUGCCUUUAACAGGAAAACUCAGAAAGAGCAAAAGUCUCAACCUUCAGUUGUCUCUGUACUUGCACGUGUUUCCAAUGUUUUGGUGGAAUUAGAUCCUACAGACUUGGUAGAGCUUAGUAGCUCAGUCAGUCUUCGCUGCUCUGCAUCUGGAUUUUCUCCUCAUUUCUUCUGGAUGAACAACAGCGCUGAGGUUACAUCCGGUGACAGAGUUCAGUUCACUGAUGGACGAUCCACUCUGACUAUAGUCAAUGUGACCCGCGCUGAUCUGAAGGUACUGAGGUGUCAUGGGUUCAAUUAUUUCAGUGAAGACUUCAGUGAUCCAGUAAAUAUCUCCUUCUCCUAUGGGCCAGAAAAUGUAAAACUGAUCAUCAAUCCAUCUCAAGAGUACUUUAAGGAAGGCUCAGACGUCAGCUUGUUGUGCUCGGCUGACUCCAGCCCUACUGCCGAGUUUCAGUGGUUUCUGAAUUCAGAGCUGCUGCCUGAUUCUGGACCAGAACUUAAACUAAUCAAUGUUAAAAUAAGUGCAAACUACAGCUGUCGGGCCUUUAACAACAGAACUCUGAAUUCUCAAUCAUCUCAGCCUUCUGUCAUCUCUGUAGUGGAGUCUGGAGGUUUCACUGUUGGUGCCACUGUUGGAAUUAUAAUCGCAUGUUUAAUAGUUGUGGUUGCAGCAGCUGCUGGAGGCUACUUUAUUUGUAAAAGCAACAAAGACGUCAAAGCAAAGCCAAAUUCCGAUGAGUCAAUAGAUGACAAUGUGUAUGAGACAAUGUCACAGAUUUAUGAGCAGAAGCUGUAAAAUCAGCUUUCUAUUUUAAAGAUUAUCAGAAAAGAAGAAACAUGAAACUACAUAAGGGAAAAGACUAGAUGCUGUUAACUUUGAUUUGACAAGUUUUAUAUUGUAUUUUUAUUUCUAAUGCUUACUAAUCUGACUUUUUUCUGCUAUUAUGUGUUUUGUAAAACCAAAGGCUUCAUGAGACUUUAUUGUUCUUUAAUCAUAUCAAUAAAUCAGUAAGAAGGGCAAAUAUAAUUUACGCACCCUAGAAAAUUGCUAUAAUAGAAUUAUAAUAUAAUUAUCACAUUGUUGGCGGGUAAACUAUUGUGUUUGAAAUCUGUAAUAAUGAAAGCAUUUAAUAAGUGUUUAACAAGUACAUAUUUAAAAAUACUCUUCUUUUUCAUUCAUUUCUGUAUUAAUACUCCCUCAAAGGAAAACUGACUAUUUAUUAUCAUGGAGCUACAGUUUUGAAAAGGAGGCUUUGUUCCAGUUGGUCUCAGUAAAUAUAUAUAAAUAAAUAUAUGA